CGGGCCUGAUCCAGCCUUUCUCAUCAUUUCGUUAUUCCUUUCUUCGGCCCUCCUUCCCACUUUUUUGGACUUUGAGUGCCCGAAUGUCACUGUCGUAGACUCAUCGGUACCUUGAAGAGCGCAUAAUGAUUUGGUUUGCGACGGUUAUUCUAUUCCUUAGCUUUGACCCGCAGUUCAAAAAUGCUCUCGCGGCUACCUUGAAUCUUCCAAGUACAUCCUUGCAGGGUGGUCCUGGACCUGCUAUGCUUGCUGGACAGGCGUCAAAUUCAACUGCACUCAACGCCUUUGGAAUCUCACCGGUAUCCCUCGCCAGCGAUGGGACAUACUACGUUGUUCUCCAGGUUGGCCAAAUCAGCUUCCGUGCUGCGCUCGACACAGGUUCUGCAGAUUUCUGGCUUACUUCGACGGAGUGCACUACCAGCACAUGCACGUCUGUGCCAAGAUACCCUCUCACUUAUGCUAGUCCCACUUUUGUGUCCAUCAACAAUAAUAAGACCACUUUCAACGUUGACUACGCUGAUGGGACCGGUGCAUCUGGGUUCGUUGCUAGAGAGACUGCAGAGGUUGCAAAUGUGACGGUCGCAGAUCAGGCAUUCGGCGUUGUGACAAAUUCUAAUAUUACGCUGGUCGACGAGGUCAGCGGUAUCCUCGGCUUAGGGUUUCCAAGACAGUCAGAGAUAUCUACGAGCGCUACGAACGCCACGCCGUUUUUUUCGACCUUGGCUCAGCAAGGCAUACUGGACUAUCCACUUUUUGGACUAAGUCUUACGAGAAACGCUACUGGAACGCUUACCCUCGGGGCUAUUGAUGUAUCUGUCGCGCAAAACCUCAGCCAGGUCGUAUGGAAUGAGGUCGUGCCGUUCUCUCCGGUUGGUACGCAAACCAAUACAUCUGGUUACUUCUACUGGGCGAUCCCUCUGAGCAGUUUCAGCGGUAAGGCAUUCGAUGUCAAUGUGACUCAGUACACUCCCCAACCAACCUACCCUGGCCCAACUGGCAAUACGUCGGUUGCUCUUUUGGAUGUUGGCGGCAAAGGCGGUCAAUGGGUCAUCCCUUGCGAUUCUUCAGCAACCAUGUCCUUCAGCUUUGGGGAAGGAAAUUCGUUUGUUUUGGAACCUACCGAUUACAUCAUUGGCCCAGCUGAGGGGAACCCGGACCUCUGUCUAUCUUGGCCUAAAGCUUCACCUCCCAGUGCCGAUGGAGUCGACUGGUUAUUAGGAACCCCAUUUUUGCGGACUGUCUACUCAAUAUGGAGUUACGGCAUCGACUACCAGGAACCCCCGAUGAUUGGUCUAUAUCCCCGCAACAAUGCCUCAGCACCUGUACAACCUUAUGCGGUCGUCCAAUCCUCCCUUUCGUCCGAGUCUGCGACAGUUGCUACCACCCUACCUAACUAUCCCCUCUCUACACCCUCCUACACGACGCCUUCAUACGCAUUUAAUACUUCAGUCCCAGCAGUCUAUGGCGAGAUCGUACAAUCAGAGCUCGCGACGAGCACAUACAGUCCCCUCAUAGGAACACUAGCCGUUAACGCCACCGCCCUCCCUCAGGUAUCUGGUGCAUACACCUUACUUGUUACGAAUUCGAACGGUGCAGUGGUGACGUCGACAUAUCACGUCUCACAACCGUCAGUUGCACUGGGCGUACCCCCUGGGUGGAGUAGUGCUGCUGCCUCUCUGAGCGUUCCUGGGGCGGGGCUGGCUAUUUCGAUGGUGAUCGCUCUUGUCGCUGGCACAUGGAUUCUAUAAGGAUUUUUGCAUAUAUCAUUUGUUUUGCAACGUCGCUUUGUACUCUGGUGUUACACCGUGGACGCCGAUUUCUUGCCGCGCACAGACUAUGUACUGUUCUGACUAUUCAUUACAUCCCUUUCUUGGACAUUACAGACUCUUCAUAGCGUAGUACUUCUUUGUCUCAUCUUGAACUUUGUCUGUUGUAGAUAGCAAAAUCUAAUCCUUGUCACAACA